AUGCAGCCAGAGUCUCCAAACGAAUUCGAAAACGCCUCCACUCCACCAAUUGCCCCCGGAAACCCUCAACUAUUCUCCCAGCAUGGACAACGCCGCGAUGAUGACCCGCAGCCUCCUCUGCAAUCUUACCUACAGAGGUCGCGAGGAGAAUCUGAGUCACCGUCCGGUGGCGACACGCGCGACGCGACGCGUUCUGAGUCGCGCAGUGCGAAUGGCGAUGUUGAGACCGAGGGAUUGAAAGGUCUCAGACUGUCGACACCUCCGCCGAGGAAUAGAAUUGACGAAUAUGAGAAAGCACUGUCCAAACCUGCAAGAAAACACACUGAAGGGCCUCUGUUCGAGGUCAUUAAGAGCAACCGGAAGCCUGACGACAAGCGGUCUCCAAUCGCGCAUCUGCCCAAUGAGGUCUUGAUACACGCCAUUGCGCACUUGUCGCCGAAUGAUCUCGCCGCUGUUGCGCUUGUUUCUCGACGCUUUAACGACCUUGUCACGACACCGCACGCGUGGCAAGUAGCUUUUGCCCGCUAUUUCCCGGGUCCGGCUGCUCUGGAAGAUGCUUCAUUCCGCGCGAACGCAGACGAAAAUGGCGAUCAUGUGCGUUCUGAAAAGAGGAGGUUCACAAGACUAACCGCACUGGCAUCUUGGAGAAGCGAAUACAUUUUGCGUACUAGGAUGCUGCGCUCUCUGGUACGUGGCAAGCCCAUGCAGGAUACCUCGACCCCGUCUCGCGCUGGUCUAGUGCAAAGUGUUCACCCCGUGGUGACCUAUGAAGCCAAAACAUACACAACGAUCAACCACCUACACGCUUCGUUCGGCACCGGCCUCAACAAGAAAGAGCCCCGUUUCAUACAUGGCGCAGAUGAUGUUGGUAUGGUGACUGCGAGCGACCCGACAGUCGCAAAGGUAGAUCCCUGGGGUCUAAGUGACCCCAACUUCUACAGCCAAUUCUCAGAACGCUUUCCUGGUACUGCCGAGUGGGGGCUUGGACCUGGGGAAGUCGUGGGAUGCCCGAACGUUAUGGACGUAUCGCAGCCUCACGGUAUGAUUUACGGUCAAGGCUGCCCGGAAGGCUCGUGCUACUACCGUGCUACUGACGAGAUGCGCGGCCGUUUUAUCGCAGAGCCUCUGGACUUUAGCAAUCCUGAACUUGGGAUACCUAAGCUGGGUCUUGAUUGUGGGGCUAUUUGCUGUGUAUGGAUCGCAAAGUCAAACACAAUACCAACACUCUCACAAGGCACCAUCGGCAUGAUGAUGGGCUCUGCUGCUGGUGUUGUCACCGCUUGCAGUGUCGGCACAGAUGGCGUAAAGGCGUCACGCCUGCAGCGUGGCGAGCUGACUGCUCGUUGGAUUCUCAGCCCUGGUGUUCCAAUCAUCUCCAUCGUCGUGGAUGACAACUACUCUUCUAAGCGACAAACCCAGAAUCGUAUCUGGGCAGUGGCUCUAAACGCGCUUGGCGAGCUGUUCUACCUUACCAAGUUCCCCUCUCGUAGCCAAGCUACCACGACCGAUAUCGCGGAACCUGCAGAGUACUUGGCCUGGCUCACAGGACGAAGCGUCUAUUGGAGUCUCGUUGAGCCUAGUCGGCGUGCCGCAAGACCGGAUCCAUACAGCGAUGCUGAGGUUGAUGGAAGCUAUUCGCCUCGUACGUCAUGGGAUGGGAUGGGCUUGGGCAAGCAACAGAUUGCUGCGGAGACAAGGGAAAUUCAACAGUUCUUACGCAAACCGCCUAAAGACUUUCGUAAGUCUUGUCUCGGCUGGGACAUGCGCAGGCGCCUCGAAGUUGAUUUCGCUGGCGAUGAUGGCAACGAUGCCGGCGAAGCUAUGGUUGUCUUUGAAUGUGGACUCGACGAAGGAAACAGUGCCGACGUCACUCGCUACACUCGAUGGAACACACACGAGAAAGACAAGAGCACUACCAAUUCCGCCCGUACUGCAACGCCACAGAUGUCCCAACCUACGUCGCUAUUUGGCGGAUCUGGUACCGGGACUCCGGAUGCUAUCAAAGUACCUUUACGCAACCGCAGCUCUUCAUACAUAUCGACCAGUAGCUCACCUGAGCGAGCCGACCUCGUGGAAGAGUGGCGGCGCUCCAAAUUUACCUUCGGCGGUUUCAAAGGGACUCGACUAGCAGUGACGACGCUGGACAUCUCUACUUUUGCAACAAUGACGCUAUCGGAAGAUCCAGCACUUGGGUUCUCGACAGCCUCCACAGCAUCGUCGCCAUACUCUUCGCCAAUGUCUGUUGCAAGCCAACCAGCUUCACCUGCGGAUAUUCCAGGUCAGCGGGCCCGACUUAUAGCUGCAGGCACAAAAGGUGGAGUCGUACUUCUUUGGGACGUGAGAGCCCCGGUUUCACGCUCCUUAGAGUAUUCCAACAACAUCGAGCCGCUCCGAAUCAUCUACACUGACUCGCCUGAGAUCUCAUCUUUAGCCUUAACCUCCCUCUACCUUGUCGCUGGUGGCAAUGACGGUCUGGUGCAAGCAUGGGAUCCGCUUGCAUCCAGCAUGUCGCCCAUUACGACGUUACACUCACGUCAUGCGUCUCGCGCUCGAAGAAGACUCGUGCAAGCGCAAGCGUCCGCGCAAGGUGUAGGCAUCAACAUGUUUGCCGCUGGCGCCGUAUGUCUAGACCCAGAUCCGACUGUCCUGCGAGGUGCCGUUUCAUUGGGCAAUCAGCUACGCUGGUGGAGUUUCAGUUCUGCGGCUGCCGACCAGUAUAAAAGCAGCAAGCGCCGCCUUCGCCGAACUGAGCGCGGUACGAAUCAGGCCAACGAACGCUUCACCGGUACUGGGAGAGUGAACCUGAAAGGCUACAUCGAGAACGAACAAUUCGAGCUAGAGCGCGACAAGGUUCAGAGACGCAAACAGGCUGAGCGGCAGGCUGCUCGCUUCGGUACCGAACUACUCGACGACGAAGACGAAGCACUUGCUUAUGCCGCGAUUCUGUCUCAAGAAAGCUUGGAGGCGGAGGAGAGGAAGCGUCGUGAAAGCGAAUUCAUCGAACUAUCCCGGCAGGAGACUGUCAAACCUGAAUCCAUUCAUUCUAAGGUUCCUUCACAGAAUGGGACGGGUGAUGAAGAAAUUGACCCCGACAUCGCAGAAGCCAUUCGGCUCUCCCUUGAGGAAAGCAAUGGUGGUGGAUCCUACUCCGAUCCAAUGGACUCCCCUGCGUUUGAUAUACCCAUCAAGUACGCCAAAGGCAAGAAGUCUGCUUCGCCGUGGAGUAGUCCAGCCAAGAAAGGCAAGGCAAAUGCUGGCUCGAGUAAUGGCAACGAGUUGUCAGAUCUUGAGUUCGCGAUGCAGCUGAGUCUCGCCGAAGAGCAGAGUCGGAAAGAGUUGGAGGAGGAUCAGUUCCCGGCGCUGAGUCCGAAGCUCGAGAGUUGGAAGGGGAAUGGAAAGGGGAAGGGGAAGAUGUGGUAG